AUGGAGGCUCACGGCCUCCCCCUUCUCGGCCUGCAUGGACGCCCAACAUGCCAUCCACCGGCUUCUUUCAGCAGCAUACGGCCGGACAUGGAUCUUCUCAGCGCCGUCCUCCGCGCCCAGAUUUUUACUGAGUGGAAUCGUGGGGAGUUGGAGAGUUUCUUGAUCGAGAUUACUUCAGAUAUUUUCAGGGUCGAGGAUGAACAGACUGGAAAUGGCCAUUUGGUGGAUAAGAUUUUGGAUAAAACUGGAAUGAAAGGUACUGGGAAAUGGACUAUUCAGCAGGCUGCUGAGUUGUCCAUUGCAGCACCCACUAUUGCAGCUUCGCUAGAUUCUAGGUACAUGAGUGGGUUGAAGGAAGAGAGGGAGGAGGCAUCGGAAAUUUUUAAUGAGGAAGGGUUGAAGGAGGACAUUAACAAUGUGGGCAAGGUGGAUAAGAAGAGGUUGAUUGAUGAUGUCAGGCAAACGCUUUAUGUGUCCAAGAUUUGUAGUUAUGCACAAGGGAUGAAUUUGUUGAGAGCGAAGAGUUUUGAGAAGGGGUGGAAUUUGAAUUUGGGGGAGCUUGCAAGGAUUUGGAAGGGUGGGUGCAUUAUAAGGGCUGUGUUCUUGGAUAGGAUCAAGCAAGCGUACCAGAGGAAUCCAGGGCUUGCGAAUUUGUUGGUGGAUCCAGAGUUUGCUAGGGAGAUGGUGCAGAGGCAGGCAGCAUGGAGGAGAGUCGUGGGUUUGGCAAUUCAGAAGGGUGUUAGUGUCCCAGGGAUGUCAGCUAGCUUGCAGUAUUUUGAUACCUACAGGCGUGGAAGGCUUCCUGCGAACCUUGUGCAAGCUCAGAGGGACUACUUUGGGGCGCAUACCUAUGAAAGGAUUGAUCAUCAAGGAGCAUUCCACACUGAGUGGUCGAAGCUUGCUCGAAACGCUAGAGUGUAA